GAGAGAAGUGCCUGGGGGACAGUUCUGGUGGCCCGCGUCCAGCCUCCCUCCCCACACUGGCGCAACCUCAGGGGCAGCAUCUUGCCGCACAGGGGAGUUCUCGUCUUGAACCAAUGGCAUUUGAACCGAGAGCACGGGAGGAGCCGAGGCCCAGGGGUGCAGGGAGAGCCUCCCCGCUCUGUACCAGCGGCCGGCCGGGGGAUCUGGAGCAUUGUGCAAUGAUCGGAGGCAGGCUGCUGGGAGGAGAGGCCGGCUCCCAGGGCUGAGUGUGCCAGGGCGUGACUGAGCCGGCCCUGCAGCCCUCGGGCAGGGCGGUGUCGCCCAGAGAUAAGCCAAGGCCUGGCUGUGAAGUGUUACUCAGGACAACGUUAAAUCACUUCCUCCGAGCGGAGCGGGGUGUGAGGGGUGGCAGGUGGAUGCUGGGUGCUUCCCAGGAGUGCUGAGGGCUCCUCAUCCCCACUCCGUGGCUCACGAGCCCUGCCAUCAGGAGGAGCUCAGGCGCCGGCCUCCCCACCACGGCCCAGGGACAGGGCAGCAUGAGCCGGUCAAGGCAUGUGGGCAAGAUCCGGAAACGCCUGGAAGAUGUCAAGAGCCAGUGGGUCCGGCCGGCCAGGGCUGACUUCAGCGACAAUGAGAGUGCCCGGCUGGCCACAGACGCCCUCCUGGAUGGGGGUCUCGAGGCCUACUGGCAGGCACUUGGCCAGGAAGGUGAGGUAGACUUCUUGUCCUCGGUGGAGGCCCAGUACAUCCAGGCCCAGGCCAAGCAGCCUCCUUGUGCCCCGGAGCCCCCAGGAGGGGCAGAGGCGGGUCCCAAGGGACUCGACUCCUGCUCCCUGCAGUCCGGUACCUACUUCCCCGUGGCCUCCGAGGGCAGCGAGCCGACCCUGUUGCACAGCUGGACCUCAGCCCAGAAGCCCUACCUGAAGGAAAAGUCCAGCGCCACCGUGUAUUUCCAGACGGACAAGCACAACAACAUCAGAGACCUCAUUCGCCGCUGCAUCACCCGGACCAGCCAGGUCUUGGCCAUCCUGAUGGAUGUGUUCACAGAUGUGGAGAUCUUCUGUGACAUUCUAGAGGCUGCAAACAAGCGCGGGGUGUUUGUCUGUGUGCUGCUGGACCAGGGAGGCGUAAAGCUCUUCCAAGAGAUGUGUGACAAAGUCCAGGUCUCUGACAGCCACCUCAAGAACAUUUCCAUCCGGAGUGUGGAAGGAGAGGUAUACUGUGCCAAAUCAGGCCGGAAGUUCGCCGGCCAAAUCCAGGAGAAGUUUAUCAUCUCGGACUGGAGAUACGUGCUGUCUGGAUCGUACAGCUUCACCUGGCUCUGCGGCCACGUCCACCGGAACAUCCUCUCCAAGUUCACGGGCCCGGCGGUGGAGCUGUUUGACGAGGAGUUCCGCCACCUCUACGCCUCCUCCAAGCCCGUGAUGGGCCCAAAGUCUCCCAGGCUGGCGGCCCCCCUCCAGCCCAGAGCCGGCCACAGCCCCCCGCCCGGCCGCCUCAGUGGCAGUAGCUGCUCCGCCAGCGACCACACGUCCUCCAACCCCUUCAGCAGCCCCUCGACGGGCAGCAACCCCCAGAACCGGACUCUGUCGGCGUCGUCGGGGCCAGGCAGUCCCCUGGCUCCAAACCCACCUCCGCCCCCCAGGCCUCAGCCCCACCACGGCCCCUGGGGGGCCCCGAGCCCACAGACCCACUUCUGCCCGAGGCCCCACGACAGCACGCCGGCUCCCUACAGCAACCUCAACGCCUACAGGCCCACUCGGCUGCAGCUCGAGCAGCUGGGCUUGGUGCCCAGGGCGGCCUACAUCUGGAGGCCGUUUCUACAGGCCUCCCCUCAUUUCUGAAGGGUCACUUCCUCCAGCAGCACACCCUCCCCCCCACAUGCCGCCACCCAGGGCCGGGCCGGGCAUUCCUGGGCUGUCUGGCCCAAGGACCCCACCUCAAUACUAGCAGCUUUGAACGUGCAUCCCUUUGAGCUGAAAGUGCUUAGACAACAUUGUCCUCUGUGUUUGAAUGUUCCCAGGCCUGAGACCAUUCACUGGCCGACACCCACCAGAUCCUGGGCUUCCCUCUCUAGUUUGGCCUGUGGAGCACAUUCCAGAAAGUUCCGGGUGGGGGGGUGGGGUGGGGAGCUAGAG